UAAAAAAAAAAAAUUGAUCAAUUAAAUAUAUAUUCACUGCACCCAUCCAAAUUUGCACACCCAAUCAAAUAUCAUCGAUCAUCUGAGUCUCAACUACAUACUAUACUGAGAAACUAGAGUAGGUGAAGCAUGGCCGACGCUAUCAUCUCCAUUGUUGUGGAUCAGCUGUCCAUCAUCAUCAAGGACCAAAUCCAGGAUGUAAGAGCAGCGUUGGGUGUGGAGAAGGAGAUCAAAAACCUGUCAUCGAAGCUCAACAAAAUCAGGGCGGUGUUGAAUGAUGCAGAGAGGAGAAGCUUCAAUGAAGAGAUCGUGAAGCUGUGGGUGGAUGAGAUCAAAGACUUUUGCUACGAUGUGGAAGAUGUUGUGGACGAGUGGAACACCAGAAGUCGCAGACAACAGAUAGAGAGGUCUCCUGAGGUUGCAGGAAGGUGUAGCUCUUUCCUGCCUUGUUGUUUCCAUUUCAAAAAGAUUGUUAUGCAUGGAGACAUCGCCAACAAAAUAAAGGAACUUGAUUCCAGACUUGAUCGGAUUACGAAAGAGAAAGAUCAGUUCAAUUUUCUUGCUGUAGCAUCACUACACCCUGAUCAAGAAUUGAAACGAGUCAGCACUCCGUUUGAUGUGGAUGCAACAGAGAUUCAAGGUCGGGAAUCCGAUGCCAGUGGUUUAAUAAGCAAGUUGGUGGAGGAUAAUGAUAAUGGUCCCCCUGUCGUCAUUUCCAUAGUGGGCGCGGGAGGGAUAGGGAAAACUACCCUUGCUCAAUUAGUGUAUGGCGAUGAACAGAUAAAGGCUCAUUUUGAUGAAAGGGUGUGGGUUUGUGUUUCACAGCCUUUUGACCAGAUCAAGAUUGCUAAAGACAUUGUUCAUUCAAUCAGCUCCGAAAAUCUGUCCGAACAAAGUCUGCAAGUGUUACUGGGAAAAAUCCAAAGCACUUUGUCUCAGAAAAGGUUCCUACUUGUGUUGGAUGAUGUGUGGACAGAGGAGGAUGCAAUGUGGGCGCCAUUUAAGAACUGCCUCAAGGUUGGACUCCCCGGGAGUAGAAUCUUGGUGACCUCAAGGAGUGAGAGGGUUGCAAGAAUGAUGGCAAGUGUGUAUCUGCAUCGGGUGGACCUCAUCUCCGACUCUGAUGCUUGGUUGUUGCUUAGCAAGAUUGCAUUUUCCGGGGGAAGGGAUGACGCUUAUUCUAAGAAAUUGGAGGAAAUUGGUAAGCAAAUUGCUCAAAAGUGUAAAGGACUGCCACUUGCUGUUAAGGUUAUGGGAAGCCUGUUACGUAACAAAGAUACUGAGGAGGAAUGGCAAACGGUUUUAUCUCAGCUGGAUACUAAAUUUUCGAAUGUGGAGGGAGUGGAAACAGAUCUCUUUCCUCAUUUGCGUCUAAGCUACGAUGAUUUAACCCCUCAGAUGAAGAGAUGUUUCUCAUAUUGUGCUGUCUUUCCCAAGGAUUAUAGAAUAGAUGUAGAUGAGCUCAUCAGAAUUUGGAUGGCACAAGGUUAUCUCACAACAACAAAUGGUAGUGAUCAUAAUAAUCAGAUGGAACAGAAAGGCCGGGAGAUUUUUAACAAUUUAGCAAUGCGUUCUUUGUUCCAAGAUUUUGAGAAACAUCGCAGGGAUUCCAACAUCAUUAUAUCUUGCAAGAUGCAUGACAUAGUGCAUGAUUUUGCCGAGUUUCUUACCAAAACUGAAUGCUACAGUGUUGUUUGGCAGGAGGAUAAGGUGAAGAUUGAAAAUCUACGUCAUCUAUCAUGGCAGAAAACUGGAAGCCCUAUAGAUCUUGCUUCCAAUUAUGAUGUCCUUGGAAAACUUCGUACCUUUUUUGCUAAAGACCUUUCUCCCGAACAACUUACUGCAAAUAUGUUCAAUGGUCUGAAAUCUGUUAGAGUAUUGGGAUUGCAUAGUUGUAUGCUGCCAAAACUCCCAAAGGAGAUAGGAAAUUUGAUUCAUCUAAGGUACAUUGAUUUAAGUUGGAGCAAAAUAGUCGAAUUACCUGAUUCAAUUUGCUCUUUGGAUAACUUGCAAACUCUAAAUCUUCAAGAAUGUGAGUGUCUUUCUAGACUUCCUGAAGGGAUUGGAAAUUUACACAAGUUAAGGAAGAUUGAUUUAAGUUGGAGCAAAGUUGAUGAGUUACCUGAUUCAAUUUGCUGUUUGGAUAACUUGCAAACUCUAAAUCUUCGAGAAUGUAACUGUCUUUCUAGACUUCCUGAACGGAUUGGAAAGUUGCGUAACCUAAGCGAGAUUGAUUUAAGGAGUGAAGUUGAGGAAUUACCUGAUUCAAUUUGCUCUUUGGAUAACUUGAAAAUUCUAAACCUUGAUGGAUGUGAGUGUCUUUCUAGACUUCCUGAACGGAUUGGAAAUUUGCGUAACCUAAGCGAGAUUGAUUUAAGCAGGACCAAAGUUGAGGAGUUACCUGAUUCACUUUGCUCUUUGGAUAACUUGGAAUAUCUAGGCCUUGAUGGAUGUGAGUGUCUUUCUAGACUUCCUGAAGAUAUUGGAAAUUUGCGUCACUUAAGCGAGAUUCAUUUAAGUUGGAGCAAAGUUGAGGAGUUACCAGAUUCAAUUUGCUCUUUGGAUAACUUGAAAAUUCUAAACCUUGAAGAAUGUGAGUGUCUUUCUAGACUUCCUGAACGGAUUGGAAAUUUGCGUAACCUAAGGGAGAUUUAUUUAUGUAGGAGCAAAGUUGAGGAGUUACCUGAUUCAAUUUGCUCUUUGGAUAAGUUGGUAACUCUAUUCCUUGAAGGAUGUGAGUGUCUUUCUAGACUUCCUGAACGGAUUGGAAAUUUGCGUAACCUAAUCGAGAUUGAUUUAAGUAGUUGCAAAGUUGAGGAAUUACCUGAUUCAAUUUGCUCUUUGGAUAACUUGAAAAUUUUAGAUCUUGGAGGAUGUAAGUGUCUUUCUAGACUUCCUGGAGGGAUUGGAAAUUUGCAUCACUUACGCGAUAUUGAUUUAAGUUGGAGCAAAGUUGAGGAGUUACCUGAUUCAAUUUGGUCUUUGAAUAACUUGGAAUCUCUAAGUCUUGCAGGAUGUGAGUGUCUUUCUAGACUUCCUGAAGAUAUUGAAAAUUUGCGUCACUUAAGCGAGAUUUAUUUAAAUUGGAGCAAAGUUGAGGAGUUACCUGAUUCAAUUUGCUCUUUGGAUAACUUGAAAUAUCUAGACCUUGAUGGAUGUGAGUGUCUUUCUAGACUUCCUGAAGAUAUUGGAAAUUUGCGUCACUUAAGCGAGAUUCAUUUAAGUAGGAGCAAAGUUGAGGAGUUACCUGAUUCAAUUUGCUCUUUGGAUAACUUGCAAACUCUAAAUCUUCGAGGAUGUGAGUGCCUUUCUAGACUACCUGAAGAGAUUGGAAAUUUGCGUAACCUAAGCAAGAUUUAUUUAAGUAUGAGCAAAGUUGAGGAGUUACCUGAUUCAAUUUGUUCUUUGGAUAACUUGGAAAUUCUAGAUCUUAAAGGAUGUGAAUGUCUUUCUAGACUACCUGAUGGUGUUGGAAAUUUGCAUAAGUUACGGUUGAUUGAUUUAAGAGGGUGUAAAGUGGAAUUACCUGAUUCAAUUUACUCUUUGAACAACUUGAAAAUUCGAGCUGGCGAACUGGGCAGAGAUAUAUCUGAAUCUGAAUAUUGCAGCGAAUGAUCGAGAUAUGGAGGAAGCAGUGAAAGCAAUGUAUGUUCUAUUUCUCAGGAGGCACUUAUAGCUAGCGCAUCAACAGAAUUGAAUUGAAGUAUCCAUUCUUCUAUUACAUACAACUCACUCCAUCAUCACAGCACUUUGAGGGGGCAGCAAACCCACUCUCAUUGCCACUACCACCAAACUCACACAUUAAUGGAGGCGCCGGCGGGGCUGCUCGCUCUCUGCAUGCAUGCCCUCAUGACAUAGGAGUGGAAGCCCCUAUUUGGGCACCAGCACAGUGUGAAUGAAUCUGAUUAUAGUUUUUUGCUUCUACCUACACAAUGCUCCACACAAUGCUAGCUGAGACGGAAGGAUUGAGUGGUUCAUUGAUCGGUUGGAAGUAUACCUCAGGCUUAAUUGCUCCAAACUUGAACUGUGCAACCUUGGACAUGUGAAUAAAAGACAAUGUGGAACGGCUGCGAGAGCAUUCUUGGAAUGGAAUGGGUGGAGAGGAUAAUGAAAGCCCUGAGGCUGAACUCACUCCAGAUAAGAUAAGGAGGCCAGAUUCCCUACAUUUCACACACGCUCUGCUCUACAACUUGGGAGUUUGUUCGUGCAAUGAGCGAAUUUAAUGCCCGACAGCCACAGGCAGUGAAGGCCAUUGCAACGCACUAAUUGAAAGCACCCAAAAUGGCUACUCCAAUCAACAAUUCUUACACCAGUUGACAGGAUAGCAGAAUUGGAUUGGUGUGGAUAUCUAUCUGCUACAACGGUUGGUUAAACCAUACCACAAUUGGGCAGACGAUAUGAUGCAGCAGUACACCGGGCAAAUCGAUCAUAUUCCUAACAAUGUCUUACACUGAUCAUUUGCUGGUCGAAGACCGUAUUGUCCAUAAGAAUAUUCCCGCGUUCCGAGGUUGGACAACAAAACUUUUAAGAGAGCGAGAGUUGAGAGAGAUAUUAGAGCAGGAGGAUUUGGACUGGGAACAGUUGACUUACCAUUGAGGAUCGGUGUGCAGUGUUUCAUCUUCUACUGACCAGUAAUGGAUAACACUGUCAGAUUACAUGCGAGGAAGUCAGGACAUAGGAGUGGAAGCCCCUAUUGGGCACCAACACAGUGUGAAUGAAUAUGAUUAUAGGACACCUUCUCUACAGGGUGUAAGCUAAGCAUUCAGAUUUCCUAUCUUUACAAUACAACACAUAAGUGCGAGUAGGUGUGAUUGAUGCAUGGUGUUGUGUCCUAAAUGACAGGAAGAAAAUGAAAAACAGUCGUUUUUUUGCUUCUACCUACACAAGGCUCCACACAAUGGUUCCUAUCCCCCAACGCUUGCCGAGACAGGAGGGUUGAGUGGUUCAUUGAUCUCAGGCUUGCUCCAAACUUAAACUGUGCAACCUUGGAUAUGUUCUUGCAGAAACGGCUCUAAUGAUUUCCAGAGUUGGUUCCCGAUUUUGUGCACCUCGAUUUUUAGGAAAAUUUGUAUUUUGAUCCGGAGAUUGUACUAUCGUUGAUUAGCCCAUUGAGGAAUCUUGUGAAGGUUGUCAUUGCGCUACAUCGACAAUUGCUAUCAACUAGUUCUCCAUAUAUGUGACUUACUUCUCACGAACCCAGCUGGUCCUUCAAAAUGGCCAAGGUCAAACAAGGAACCACCACUGCCUCUACUCUACACAAGCAAGCUUGGAAAACCAAAACAAUUAAGAACUAGGGGCAGAGAUGAGCUAACCAAGGAUGGGACACAUGUGAACCCUAGCUUGCUAGUCAAGCAUUGCAAGAAAUGUAAUAAGACUGACAUAACGCUAGAACAUGCCCUGAAGAUCUUAUUGCAAGACAAAGAAAGCUCAACCCAAGAAAAAGGAAUAGGAAGACUAAAUCUGUUGUACCUAAGUCUAGUUCUGCACAAGUUGAAUCAAGUUUUGUACCUCCUGUUGCAGUAGAAGACAAUCUUGAUUUCUGGAAUGAAGCAUCAGAGGUGGCAGCAAUGUAUGAUGGACCUGAACCUAUUGUUACAACCCAGCAUGAAGAAAUCUCUAUUACACAACCAGAUCUAGCUUGGUCUUGACUGCACUCAACAAGAAGAAAUUGAACCAUUACCUAACCAAGAAAUUUGUCCGGGACCUCCAAAAAGAUCUAGAUUGGGCUUGACAUCAAGGAAGAAAUUACCUGUUAGGAAGAGACCUCUGACAAGAUCAAGAACAACAAUGAAGUCAAGGUUCACCAAUACCAUGGACAAACUUGUUGAAAUUGAUUGAAUAUGAAUCACUGAUGUUUUUUUGUGCUAAUGUAUAUGUAUGACAUGGUUGAUCCUUGUGGACUGCUGUUUUUGGUAUUGUAUAAUAUGGUAGGGUUGAUAUUAGUGGUCUGAUUUUUUUGCUACUACGUAUGGUAGUAUUCAUCAACCUUACUUGGUAACAUGUGGUUUUUUAGGACAAUUGGGACAAUGACAUUGUAGCAGCCUUAUUAUUGAAUGGUUCUUAUUGGCAGCCUUCAAAA